AUGGCUACUACUUCAUCGUCACCGUUGCUGGCGACAGCCGCCAAGAAGGCUGCAGAUCUCUGCCCUCGGAUGCUGGAGAAGCUCGUCAGAAGGUAUCACUCCACCCCCGUCGCUCUCGAGAGGGCUUUCCACACGGAAGUAACGUCCUCUACUAAGUCUACCUCGACAACGCCGGCCGUUGCAUCCGAAAUGCGCUAUCCAUUCGCUGGUGUGACUCUCUGGAAACCCGACCCCGUGUCAGGCAACUGGGUUCCUGAGGCGGCUAUUCUCCCUUCCUCGGCAUCCCUGCGCUCCACUGUCGCCAGCCACAGCGAUAGCGCUUCGGAAACGCGGUUCCGAUCGAUUCCACGUGCCUCGAUGGACGAGCGUGCGUGGUGGUCAUCUGAGGAGUUCUCGAUGGAUCGCAAGCACCGGUCAUCUUAA